CCACUUAAACAAUAUGUCAACAAUUUCAACUGAAAGAUUUCAAUGUUAUUACUAAAUUUCAACUAAACAAAUCAUGUCAAAUGAAUCCUUGAGUAAUUUGGAAAAAGAAUAAUUCUUUUUCUGUCCCCUGUUUCUUUCAUCCCCACAAGAAAAAGAAAGAAGCUUUUUUCUUUCAGUUUCUCUCUUACUUUAGCUUUAGCUCUUUCUCAGUCUCACUGGAUCAAACCUCUAGUUUUGUACUAGUACUCUCUUUUUUGCUUUGAUCAGUUUUAACUAUCUUUAGUAACCAAUUUUUUAUGAUUAUUUCAUUCCAAGAAUAUAAAAAAUCUGAGAGAUUUGUGGUUUUAUUACUACCUCCCACCUAACUUAGACAGUGUUUUUAUAUUUUCACCGUCACUACCUUCCUCUUCAUUACUUUGACCGCUGUACCAUUUUUGGGUCUCAUUGCAUAAGCUACAUACACUAGUAUUUUUGUUGUCCCUUUAACAUAUACUCAUGUUUUUUCUAACCACAUUGUACAAAACAGGACUGUGUUCAUUCAAAUUCUUUUUCUUGCUUGAAAAUUCCUGCUUUAUAGGCCAAUGAUGGUCUUGUAAUUUGAUCAUUUGGGUUUAUUCUUGAGGAGAGAGAUGGGGUUGCUGCAGUGUUUCACGUUGCUGAUAUUCUUGGUGAUUCUAUGUGGUUUUUCAGUUCAAUUAUCUGCAGGAUUCGACCUGCUUUCACUGAAAAAUGCAGCUUCUGCAAUUUUCAAAUUCAAGGAUGGAAGACUUGAUCGUAGUUUUCACAGGAAUAGAGGAUUGCGUCUAUCCCUCCGACGACAAGAUUUGUCUCCCCUUCCAACUUCUAUCCGGAAGAGACAUGACACAUUUGCUGCUGCACCCCAUUUCAAGGCAUUUCACAGUGCUCCACCACCAUAUCAUCAUCCAACUAAAGCUACUUAUCAGCACAAGAUCUUGGAACCACUUAAUUAUGCGGACACACCUUCAACUUCGCCUCAUUUUAGGAAUUCUGGUCGAAAGCAAGUACAUACAUCUGCAUCUGCGCCUUUAAUCUCCUCUUUUAGGCACCAUCAUAGGAAGCACAAAUACAGUGGCUUUACACCUGACCCAUACGAUCACCUUCAUCCGCCUGCUUCAAGCGGGCCAGGGCCUUCAAUCUCUCCAUAUAAGUCUCCUGUUCCUUCAUCAGUAAGUUGGGCACCUGUUCCAUCACCGAUAAUGCAACCUAAUCACUUGGGAAUUCCCACGGCUACACCUACAAUAUCACCAACGAGUUCAUCUUUAAAAGGAAAGAAACGGAGUCCACCUCCUUUGCCUGUUAUGACACUGCCGCCACCGCCUCCCAAUCAUGACUGUAGUUCUUUGACAUGCACUGAGCCGUUGACGUACACACCUCCUGGAUCACCCUGCGGCUGUGUAUGGCCCAUUCAAGUAGAAAUGCACCUCAGUGUCACACUAUAUACCUUUUUUCCUUUGGUAUCCGAGCUUGCCAAGGAAAUUGCUUCCGGUGUUUCGCUUAACAGGAGUCAAGUGCGCAUUAUGGGAGCGAAUGCAGUCAAUCAGCAGCUUGAGAAAACGAUUGUACUUAUCAACUUAGUUCCUGCCGAUGGAAAAUUUGAUGCUACCACUGCUUUUACAAUCUAUCAGAAGUUCUGGAAGAGGGCGGUAUUCAUAGAGACUUCGCUCUUUGGUGCAUAUGAGAUGGUUUAUGUCCGCUAUCCAGGGCUACCACCUUCUCCACCUUCACAUCAUUCAAGCAGUGCUACUAUUGAUGAUCUUCCAGUCUAUCCCGGCAAUGAAAAUAAUGGAAGGACCAUCAAACCUCUGGGUGUAGACGUGUCAAGAAUGAGAAAGAAUGGAAUAGCUAGAAAUAUGAUCAUCGUGAUUGUUCUUUCAUCCUUCACAGCCUUUGUUGUGUGCAUGGGAUUUAUUUGGCUUUUGUUAUUAAAGUGCGGAUGUUGUGCUAAAUCACCUGAGCAACCUCUACAUAUUUUAAUCUCCUCUCAGGGGAAAACAUCAGGUGGUGGUGGAUCUACGCUUUUGCUAAGUAGGCCUACCUCAAAAUCGCUGUCCUUCAGUUCUAGUAUUUUAGCUUACACAGGAACUGCAAAAGUUUUUAGUACAAACGAUAUAGAGAGAGCUACUAAUAACUUCAACACUUCAAGGGUCCUUGGAGAAGGCGGUUUUGGACUCGUGUAUAGUGGAAUCCUUGAUGAUGGAAGGGAAGUAGCAGUUAAGGUUUUAAAAAGAGAUGAUCGGCAGGGAGGCCGUGAGUUUUUGGCAGAAGUUGAGAUGCUUAGUAGGCUGCAUCACAGAAACUUGGUCAAAUUGAUAGGUAUUUGCACAGAGGAAAAUUGUCGCUGCCUGGUCUAUGAACUUGUUCCUAAUGGGAGUGUCGAAUCCCAUUUACAUGGAAUUGAUAAAGAGGCUUCUCCUCUUGAUUGGUAUGCAAGAAUGAAGAUUGCGUUAGGUGCAGCUCGAGGAUUGGCUUAUCUGCAUGAGGACUCGAGCCCUCGUGUAAUACACAGGGACUUCAAGUCUAGUAAUAUUUUGCUAGAACAUGAUUUUACACCAAAAGUUUCAGACUUUGGCUUGGCUAGAACAGCACUGGAUGAGGGAAACCGACAUAUCUCCACACAUGUGAUGGGCACCUUCGGUUACCUAGCUCCAGAAUAUGCAAUGACUGGCCAUCUCCUGGUGAAAAGUGAUGUUUAUAGCUACGGUGUAGUUCUCCUUGAGCUCUUAAGUGGACGAAAGCCUGUAGAUUUAUCACAGCCGUCAGGUCAAGAAAAUCUUGUUGCGUGGGCUCGUCCGCUCCUGACAACUAAGGAAGGUUUAGAAACAAUAAUAGAUCCAGCAAUAGAGUCUGAUAAUAUCCCAUUUGAUAGUAUCAGCAAAGUUGCAGCAAUAGCAUCAAUGUGUGUACAGCCAGAAGUAUCGCAUCGUCCUUUCAUGGGAGAAGUGGUUCAAGCCUUGAAAUUAGUAUGUGAUGAGUUUGACGAGACACGAGAGCCAAUGUCACGAAGUUGCAGCCACGACAACCUUUCCGUUACAGAAACUUCACUAGUCCAUAAAUCAGUUCCAGGUUAUGAUUCUCCCUUAAAUGUCAAAACGGCGUCAUCAGCUUCGGAUUUAAAGAGUACAUCAGCUAGAUAUGAAACACUGGAAUCUGAGUCUUUUAGGAGGCAAUUCAAUUCCGCUCCUUUGAAAAUGGGAAGAAAAAAUAAUUUCUGGAAACGGUUGAGAGUUCUUUCUAGUGGAAGCAUGAGUGAACAUAGUUAUUCAUAAGCCAAGAUGAAGUCUUUUAGCAGCAACCAUAAAAUCUUACAUUAUAUCAGAACAUAAAAUUGCUGUUCUUUGUUCUGGUUCUUGGAGUUAUCUUAUUUUUGUAUGUAGAUAGUAUCAGAAGAAUUGAACCAUCAAUUUUUGUUUUCUUGUUUUCUUCAAGAAAAUCUUGCCAUUUAACUAUAUUUAGGACACCUUGAUAUUGAAAUGCAGGAUUUUUACUUCUAUGUGUAAACCUUAUGUAAUCAAGUGAACCGUUUUCAUGUUAUGAUUAUCGAGAAAUAUUAGAUUC